UGGGAGGGGGAGGAAAAGACGGAAUGAAAACAAACAUGGCGGAGAGGAGCAAGACGGCAGAAACGGGUAGCGACAUAGGAAUAGAUGAAAUUAUCACAGGAAACCUAAACAAAUAUGCUGCUGUUCCACCAGGGUAUUUUGGACAACCAAAAAAGGGACAUCUUGUAUUUGACGCCUGCUUUGAAAGUGGUCGAUUACGACUUAUGGCGACCCUAUGAAUCAGUGACCUCCAAGAGCAUCUGUCAUGAACCACCCUGUUCAGGUAACCUUGGACGUGUGGAUCAUAUUACUGAAUUUGAGUAUGAUCUGUUCAUCAGACCAGAUACGUGUAAUCCUCGUUUUCGAGUCUGGUUCAACUUCACAGUUGAAAAUGUGAAAGAAUCUCAGAGGGUCAUUUUCAACAUUGUCAACUUCAGUAAAACAAAAAGCCUCUAUCGGGAUGGAAUGUCUCCAACGGUAAAAUCAACAAGCAGGCCUAAAUGGCAAAGACUGCCACCCAAGAAUGUAUAUUAUUACCGCUGCCCUGAUCACAGGAAGAACUAUGUUAUGUCAUUUGCAUUCUGCUUUGAUCGAGAGGAUGACAUAUACCAGUUUGCUUACUGCUACCCAUACACUUACACUCGGCUUCAGCACUAUCUCGAUAACUUACAGAAGAGGAAUAUGGACUACUACUGCAGAGAGCUACUAGGACUUAGUGUGCAACAGCGGCAACUUGACCUCUUGACUAUAACCAACCCUGUAAACCUUCGUACUGGAGCAGAGCAGAAAGUGGUGUUUAUUACUGCCCGUGUCCAUCCAGGGGAAACGCCAUCAUCCUUUGUGUGCCAAGGUAUCAUUGAUUUUCUUGUGAGUCCACAUCCAAUUGCCAAAGUAUUGCGAGAUCAUUUGGUCUUCAAGAUUGCUCCUAUGCUUAAUCCAGAUGGAGUAUAUCUGGGCAAUUACAGGUGCUCCCUAAUGGGCUUUGAUUUAAAUCGGCACUGGGUGGAUCCCUCUCCUUGGGUUCAUCCCACUCUACAUGGUGUCAAGCAGCUCAUCAUUCAGAUGUACAACAAUGCGAAAGUUACCUUGGAAUUCUAUAUUGACAUCCACGCUCACUCAACUAUGAUGAAUGGCUUUAUGUAUGGGAACAUUUUUGAAGACGAGGAACGAUUUCAGAGACAGGCGAUUUUCCCCAAGCUACUCUGCCAGAAUGCUGAAGACUUCUCCUUUUCAAGCACCUCCUUCAACCGAGACGCUGUUAAGGCAGGGACAGGACGUCGGUUCCUUGGUGGGUUACUGGAUGACACCUCUUACUGCUACACUUUGGAAGUCUCCUUCUACAGUUACAUAGUUGGAGGAACUACUUCUACAGUCCCAUAUACAGAAGAAACAUAUAUGAAACUAGGAAGGAAUGUGGCCAGAACAUUUUUGGAUUACUAUAGGCUAAACACCAUUACAGAGAGACCAUUGGGACCCAUCUCAAGUACAUGGAAGGAAAAAGCAGCCUCCUAUCGAUGUGCCUACCAACGGGCCCAAGGGAAUAACCAAUCUGCCACUAAGCCAGAGAAGAGAACCCAGGCAACUCUUAAGGAACACACUCACUCAUCAUAAAGUGCUGAAGAGAUAUACCCUUCUGAGCAGCUGGAACAACGAAGCUGGAAUGGCACUUUCAGGGUUUAAAAUGGCUUAUGUCACUCCUUCCAGCCAAUCAUAUUUGUGAGAGGGAGAACAAAUGUUGUUUUACUUGCAAAUGUUACUGUUGAUUUGGUUAUUGGUUGAUUAAUUAUAAGUCUUUUCCCUCAAAAGCAAAUGAAUGGAUUAUUUCUUGCCACAUUAAAAGCAAGCAAAAACAAGUCUUUGCCCUAUAACAUUUUGAAGCAUUGAUCUAACUAAAGGAAGCUUUCCUUGAUGUUUGAUAAUUUCUACACUUAUUGGCCAUAUAAGUCAUAUGUCAUUUGCAAGUGAUGUAUGUUAAAAUGGUUAGUUUGCAUGGAUACAUGUCAUAGCAGUGCUCCCUCAGACACUGUGAUAUGCUAUCUUUAAUAUCUAAAAAUUGAGUGAUAUCCAGCGUUGUGUGGGCAUCAGUAAUGGCAUUUCCCCUUCUUUUUCUCUUCCCUGAAGAGUCCUCCCAGUGACCACCCAAAUCUGCUUUGGAGAGUCCCCCAACCCUCCCCCAAGCAGAUUUGGGGAGCACAUGGAAGGGAUGUUGCAGGGGGAAGGAGAGGAAGUGAAGUCCUUUUGGGAAAAGGAUGGGAAAGUCCUGUUGUACAUACACUGAAUGCCAGUGCAUCCAAGCAUCACAUUUUGUGGCUCCUCGAGUCUAUAAGCAGAGGAAUGAUUAGCACAGACAGCUUGAUAAUUAAAAUGACCUCUUGCGAGUAUGGUUUAAAAGGCAGCCAGAAGGAGUCCUGUGAAUUAAAUUACUGUUAGCCUAUGACUAUGUGUUUGAGUUUUGUAAAGUUGAAUAUUUUUCAAAGUUGGUUGAUGGGGGGGGUGUCAGUUCAACAUGCUAUUUGAAUCAACACUUGCAAUGUUUGUUAUUGCUUUCUAAAUGGAGUUUGCUAUGUUACUUACAUUAUGUUAUGCCAGUCUUCACCAGUGUGGUGCCUUCCAGCUCUUUUGAAUUCAAACAAUUGUACUGGCUGGGGAUUGUAGGAGUUGUGGUAAAAAAAACAUCUAGAAGGUACCAGGUUGGGGAAAGCUGUUAUAUGUGAGACCACGUGAAACU